AUGAUGAAUGUCUAAAAUUAAGAGACUCAUUAAUUGCACGUAGAGCAGGAAAGCACAUAUAACAAGUCAAACAACCUCAGGGUCUCAAACCUAUUAAGAGAUAAGAAAAAGCUAACUCAUAUAACUGAAGGGAGACUUGAAGGAAGCAAAAAUUCGUCUUCACUAGCCAUUUCAAGAGAAAUAGAAGGGGUUUCAGAAGGAUCAAGUAAGAAAGGAUUAAGUAACUCAAAGCUCAGUGAAGGAAGUUCAGCUCCAAAGAAUGGAGAACAAGGAUUUAAAAGACUGAAUUCUGUAUUUGAGUGGGUCAUCAUCCUGUCAAUUAUGAUCAACUCUAUUGUGAUGGCACUGUUUGAUUAUUAAGAUAGACUCUCGCUUUCACUUUGGAAUCAAACUCUAAAUAAAAUCUAGCUAGCCUUUACUAUAUUGUUUACUUUUGAAGCAGUAUUAAGGAUUCUAGGAAUGGGAUUAGUAAUAAAUAAAAACUCGUAUCUUCGAGAUCCAUGGAACUGGCUUGAUUUUUUCUCUGUGAUUGCUGGUUGGAUUGAAUAAUUGCCAGACAUUCCUAAGUUGAAGUAUUUAAGAACUUUAAGAGUCAUUAGGCCUUUAAGGAGCAUCAAAGCUGUGCCAAGCAUGAGAAGAUUGAUAAAAUCCCUGCUAUCCUCUUUACCCAUGCUGGCAAAUGUCCUCCUUUUCCUCUUCUUCUUUUUCUUGGUGUUCGCUAUUCUAGGAGUUUCACUAUUCAAAGGUGAUCAAUACUAUAGAUGCAGAUUUUCAAGAGAACCUCUAUCUGACGGUUCAUGGCCUAUUGAUUAAAGUUAGGAUAGAGUAUGCAAUUCCGAUGGAAAUACAAUUUACUCGUGUAACGAGGGAACUUACUGCGGAAAUCCUUAGGACUAUUUUUCUGAUUAGUCAAAAGCAGAUAUCUAAAAUGAUGAGGUGACCUUUUAUGGUUAUGAAUCUUUUGACAAUAUCUUAUAGGCUAUGCUAACAAUAUUUCAAGUAAUAACACUGGAAGGUUGGUUUUAAGAUGGGCAUGCCAAUUAUUUGAGUCCUAUUUACUUCAUAAUCCUUGUAGUAUUUGGUGGCUUCUUUCUUCUAAAUCUUAUUCUGGCAGUAAUUAUGGAUUCCUUCGCCAAAAUUGAUAAGCAAUAAAAAAUGCAGGAGCUUAGUGCAGAGUUGAAGAAGCUAGAUAUAUAGAGCAAAAAAACUGUUUUACAAUAAAUGAGGACUAAAGGUGGAUAUUCUAAACAAGGGACCAAAGUAUUUCAGCAAAAGCCUACUAAAAAGGUAGUUCUUGAUGCUAUGGGAAUUGAAAACCAUGAUGAGAAUAAUAAUCUUGAAUUUGACAGUGUUUAUACUGAAUAGUUCUUUCCUGAUGAAGAGUUUGAUGAGUCGUUUGAAAGUUCUGUCUCAGAAUUCGACGAUGGAGAUUAAAAUAAAUACAAAAUUAACAUAGCUCAGAAAAUGAAAGAAAAUAAAGAUGCACUUAAUUAGCUUAAAAAAGUCAAGUCUUUUACAAAUAGUAAAUCUUUAUCACUAGGCGAAGAUGAAGAGAGUAAAUUUGAUGAAAACAAUGACAAUGUUAAUAAAUAGAGAAGCUUUGAUUAAGGGCAAGCUGCUGCUAUAGCUAACACUCGAUAAUCUUUUCAAGAUUCUCUAGAAAAAAAGCAUGAAACGAAGUAGGAAAAUAGUAUUGCAACUUUUUCACAAUUUAAUGAAUCUCAAAAAUUCGAUACAAAAGACAUAGAAUAUUAAGAGGACUUGAACUAAAGAGUAAAAACACAUAAAAUUUACUUACUAUUUUAUAACAUCUGCAAGAGUUCUAAAUUUCAAGGGUUCAUUCUCAUUUCAAUUUUAGCCAAUUCACUAUAACUCUGUUUGGACAGAUACCCUAUAAGCUAAAAUGAAUCUGAUAUUCUAGAUGCUUUUAAUACCUUGUUUUUCUCAAUAUUUCUGUUUGAAAUGAUUAUAAAACUUAUUGCGUUCGGGCCAAUUCUAUAUUUGAGGGAUAAAUUCAAUGCUUUUGACUGUGUUAUCAUUGUUCUUUCAAUUUUAGAUAUAUCUUUAAAGUAAUAGACUGAUUACAAUAGCUCUGUACUCAUUGCUUUUAGAGCUGGUAGAUUACUGAGGAUCUUUAAAAUUGCUAGACUAUGGAAAAGUUUAUAAGAUCUGAUGAAAAGGAUAAGCUCAACAGUAAAAGAUAUUAGCAACUUCUCAAUCUUACUUUUCCUUUUUAUUUUCACUUACGCCUUACUGGGUAUGGAACUGUUUGCCUAAAGAGUGAAAUUUGAUGAUGAUAAUAAUCCUCUAGAUUUGGAUAAUUGCAAUGAUGAAGAGAUACAAUGUAUUUCGAGAGGUAAAUCUUAAAGACUCAACUUUGACACUUGGGGGAAUGCAAUGAUCACAAUUUUUGUCCUAUUAGUAGGUGAUGAUUGGAACGUGGUAAUGUUUGAUUACUCAAGAGCAACAUCUAAAUGGAGUGUAAUAUUCUUUGUAACUCUAACUUCUUUUGGGAAUCUCAUUUUGCUUAAUCUAUUCUUGGCUAUUCUUUUAAAAGAUUUCGAGUAAUAACAUGAAAAGAGAGAAGAAUAUAAAGAAAAAUAAUAAUUAUGGCAAUAAGUCAAAGAUUAUACCACAGAACUAUAUAGAAAAUGCCUUUUCACUUGUAGAAGCAAAGCUAAAAAAUACGAAAUUCAAAAUGUAGAUGCUGACAAUUCAAUGAAAAUAAUGGAGUAGGAUGAAAAUCCUUAAUUUGAAUAAUCAAAUGAAUCUUUAGAAUUUUCUUAAACUUCAAAUUCAAAAGCAGAAGAAUCUCAUAAUGCUACUUAAUAACUGUCUAAUCCUGAUAGAAAAGUAGAUAGCCAUAUGAGCAAUGAAAAUAAUAGAAUUCCGAGUCAAAAUUAUAAUGAAGAGUAAGGCUAGAUUAAUUCAAAUAGACCUUUCAUAAUAAAACUUCACCAAAAUUAGGAUAAUUCUCAAAAUUUGGAUGAAACUAAUAAAAGUCUUCUAAAUGACUCAUCAAAGUCUGGUACUAGAGCAAGAAGGACCUUUCUAAAUAGAGGUGAUUAAGCAAGUAAUAGUAUAAGUUUGCAAAAAACUGAUAAAAUUGGUCUUUUUGAGCAUUCAAGUUUAAGUCUAAAUAAUUUCAUUGAAAAAAGUCCUACAUCUUUAAAAUCUAAAGCAAAUGAUUUAUUUGACCUAAAGAAAAAAAGUCCUGUAAAAAAUCUAGAUGAUGUUUUAACUAAUUCAUAAAAUGGAAGACUGAGUAUGGUUCCUCAUGAUCAUUAGAUAGCUUUGUUUAGUAAAACACUGACUGAUCGAAAGCUUAAAACUCAAUUAACUUUAGAAGGUAGAUCUCUUUAUUUGCUUAGUAAGAACAACGUUAUUAGAAAUCUAAUAUCUAGGCUUGUAAGACACAGCUAGUUUGAUAACAUAACUUCAUUGCUAAUUGUAGCAUCAACCAUUCUUCUUGCUCUUGAUUAGCCUUUAUCAGAUCCUGAUAGUAAUUUUAACUAAAAUUUAAUGAUAUUUGAUGGUACAUUCACCUCAUUGUUUAUGCUGGAGUGUAUAUUGAAGAUCGUUGCUUUUGGACUUAUAUUAAACGGCAAAAAUUCUUAUUUAUAAAGCCCUUGGAAUAUUCUUGAUCUGAUUAUCACUCUAUUGAGCUUUGUUUCUAUGAUUCAACUUAACGAACUUAAAAUUGUAAAAUCCCUCAGAGUCUUUAGGAUCCUAAGACCAUUGAGAAUGAUUUCUUAGAAUGAGGAAUUAAAAAUUGCAGUAUUAUGCCUUGGCAAUUCAAUCAAAGAUAUUUUUAACGUAUUCGUGAUAGCCAUAUUUUCAUUUACUGUCUAUGCUAUUUUUGGUGUUAAUUUCUUUAAAGGGCAAUUCUACUAUUGUUUUAUUGACCAUCUUCCAGAGAAUUUCUAAGAAAAACUUGAUAGAACCAAUUCAUAUACCAAGUGGCAUUGUAUAAGUAUGGGAGGAGAAUGGAAAGUUGAUAGAUCUAAUUUUGAUAAUGUAUUUUAUGGAGUCUUAACUUUAUUUUAAAUGGCAACAACUGAAAACUGGGUUGCAGUAAUGUGGAAUGGUAUUGACUCUACAGAUACCGACUAUACAUACGAAAUUUAUAAAAAUCCGUCUGCCUCCAUUUACUUUAUAUUCUUUAUACUAAUUGGAUCUCUGUUUAUUAUGAAUCUAUUCGUUGGAGUGGUAAUAAAUACAUUCAAAUUUGAGAAAGAAAAAUUGGGACUUAACUACAUAUUGACAGAUACACAAAAAGAAUGGAUUAAAGUCUAGAUUAAAUGCUAUAAAUAUAAACCAGUACCUCGAGAUCAGCCCAUAAAUAAUAGAUUUCGUAAGAUAAUAGCUAAAUUAACAAAGUCUCAGAAAUUCGAAAUGUUCAUUUAUUUCAUCAUAACGGUAAAUAUCAUCGUUUUUGCGUGUAACUGGUAUAUGCAACCUCAAUAAGUAGAAGAUGAUUUCGAAUUUGUAAAUCAUGCCUUCACAGUUAUUUUUACUAUUGAGGCGAUUUUUAAGUUGAUCACUUUUGGCAAAAAUUAUUUCAAAGAUGGAUGGAACAUUUUUGAUUUGAUUAUAUUGAUGGGGACUUACAUUCAAAUAUUUUUAACGAAUGUAUUUGAUAAAAAUCUAGGCGCUCAUGCUACCUUUUUAAGAAUUUUUAGACUAGGAAGAGUAUUAAGAUUAGUUAAAAAAGCUCAGAGUUUGAGGAACAUAUUCAUUACUCUCAUUGUAACUUUACCAUCACUUGCAAAUAUCGGCUUCUUACUAUUUCUUUUGAUUUAUCUCUACUCUCUGUUAGGAAUGAAUUUAUUUGGAGAAGUAAGAAUACAUGGGGAACUUAAUGAUCAUGCAAACUUUUAAAACUUUUUGAACUCAUUCCUUACAUUGCUCAGAUGUGCAACAGGAGAAAACUGGAAUGAAUUGAUGAAAUCGCUGAUGGAUAAAAAUUCCAUAGAAUACAAUUGUAUUGAGAAUCCAACAUACGAUGAUUAUUUAAAAAAUGAUAAAGUUCCCGUGGGAUGUGGAGAUUACUGGAGUUCGGUUAUAUACUUUAUAUCUUAUCAACUGCUUGUCACUUUCGUAUUUCUCAAUCUAUUUAUUGCUAUCAUUUUGGAAGGAUUUAGGGAUACCACUGAAGAUUAAAAUCUGAGGGUAGAUGAUAUAAUGAUAACUAAGUUCAAGAACAUAUGGCAAACUUUUGAUUAAGAUGGUACUGGAUUUAUUGAAGUACAAUAAAUUGGAGAUUUCAUAUCAGAUUUAAUUGUUAAAAACACAGAUUUUAUAAGAGGAGGAGAAUUUCUUUUGAAUAACCCAAGAGAAAUGGACAAAUUCAUUGCCGAACUUUAACUUCCAACUUAUAACAAAUUUAAGAACUAUCAUUUUUAUGACAUUCUUAUUCACUUAGUAAAAAUUAUAUUCAAAAUAGACUUUGAUAAAGCUGCCUUACUGAAAUCGGAAGGCCUCAUGAUUUCUAAGUCAAAUACAAUGCAUUCUGGAGGUAAUAAUUCAUUGGGGAUAAACAAUUACCUCUAAAAUUAAGAUUAACUCGAAUUUGAUUCGUUUGAGCAUCUUAUAUCAAACUUUUAUGAAAUAGUCAAAAACAAAAAAAUAUAGCUUUAUGAGGAAUAUAAAAAGUACAGAUGGGUUGAGGAUAGAAAGAAAAAUAGAUUCAAAGACAAGUAUGAUAAUCACUAUUAUGAUAGUAGAGUCAUCAUAUAUUUCCCAGUAUUACUGAAGAAACUAUAAAAUUUCACGAAUCUAAUGAAAUAAAAAAGAUUGUUAUAAGGUGAAGAAUAAGCAAAGAUUUAGGCCUAGUAGGAAAUAUAAUAGAUUAAGCUGUUAUCGAGCCCUUAGAGAAUUUUCGACAAAACCAAGAGAAAUAGUGUUUUCAUUGCAAUGGCUUAAAAUGCGAAAGUAUUUGAAUAACUAAUUGCUUAAAAGAGUUCUUUGAAAGAAUAAGAUACCUAAAAUACCCUAAGCCCAUUUAGAAAUCAAUAAUCCUCAAUUAAAAACACUUUAAGUAAUAGAAGAUCAACUUUAUUGGAGAACCUCAACAUUAACCUUAAUUAAUAAAACUCAGAAAAUUUAAUCUCUGAUAUUACCAGCUAAGAUUCAUUUAUUAAGAAGUAAUUCAGUAAUAGAAACAGUAUUGCUGAAAAUAAUGAAGAUUCUUAAAAGACACUUGGUUCAAACUUAGGCCCCAGUGAUUAUAAAAAGAAUCAAACUGAAAUAAUGAAGAAGCUAUCAAUUCUCAAAAAUAUAUAAGCUGAUGAUAUUCAUAGAGGUUCAACAACUCUUUCAAACCAAUAAAGACCUUCGCACUUUAUGAAUAAUAAUAUGAUCAUUGAGGAAGAUUAGGAAUCUCAAGGGGAAAGUCCUGGUUAAGAGAAGGAAAAAUCAUUCAACUAUGACUAGGAUGUAAGUAGUAUAACUUCAAAUUCUGAGAAAAAUAUUGAAAGUUCUUAUCGGUCCAAGAUAAAUAACUAAAAGGAUAUACAAAUUAUGAGUAUAAAACAGUUAUCUCAUUAGAGUAGCAGCAGCCCUUCAAACUCACCACUCUCGAAUAAUGUCAAGGAUUUCAUGCCUAGAACUAUUCUUAGUACCAACAGCGCGAAGAGAUUGACAAUAGAUAAUAACCGUAAGAAAUUGUAGCCAGAUGAAAUCAUUGACGAAGAAAAAUCUUAUGAGGAAACUGCUACAAAUAGAAAUAAGAACAUUAGUAGUGUAGGAAAAUAGGAUUUUGAAUACAGACAUGAUAUAGAUGGAGAUACAAAUAAGGAGAUAAACUAGUAGGUAGAUGAUGAUUUAAAGAGAAAUAAUACGAUAUCUGUAACUAAGAAAAAGCAAUCAUCUUUCAACCUUAAGGAAAUAGGUUUGUAACUGACAAAGACUAUGAAUCCAAGAAUGUCCACAUUUGCUUCCAACAAAGGAAAAAGUUCAGAAGAAAUAAUGGAGGAGGAUUUCUAAGAUAGUAAUCAGAAGAGAAGCAAAAUCAUAGUAGAAGAUAAGAUUGAUGAGGAUGAUUAAGAGCUGUUCGAAGAUGAAUACAUUGAAAUAGAGUAGUAUCUGAAGAGUUCAACAAUCUCAAUGCCCUCUCAGAAAAAUCAAGUCAUUCUGAAUGUAAUUCAUUCUAACACUAAAGAAGAGAGCAAGAAUUAUGAUACAGAAUAUAACAAUUUAGAAAAAUCAAAUAAGCAUUAAAGAGAAAAUCUGUCUAGAGACAACUAGCUUAGCAAGUUCAGCUAAAUUAAAUUUAAGUAAAGUGAGUUAACAUUUGGGCAUCUAUCAAAUAAUAAACUCGGGGAUAUUAUAGAAACCUAGCAUGAGAAUAAAAAGAGCAAGAAAAUAUCAUCGAAAACAACUCAUUUCCAAUUCUAUUCAUAGUUGGAUUUAUUGUCAGAGCAGAAAAGAAGUUCAAAUAAAAACUCUUCUAAUAGAUAUCAAAACGUAUUUGUCGAUAAAGACGAUUUCUAAGAUGAUUUAGAUGACAGUCCUUAACAAUACUUAAAGGAUUUAGAAAGUUUCAAUGAUUCACUUGAAGCAUAAAGAAAUAACUAGAAGUAAUCAUUUAAGGCAAUAACUUAACCUUUAAUAAUGAAAUAAAUGCUAGAAAUAGACUCAAACUCAAGUAUAGAUUCAAGUGAUGAAGAAGAGUAUAAAACAUAAUAAAAUUUGGAAUAAAGCAAUGGAUAAGGAUUUUAAAGAUCUUUUAAUUAUUCAACAAUGCUUAAUGAUAAAGAAAAUAGUUAUUUAGCAUAAAACUCUGGAGAAAGAGUAAUUCAAUAUCAGUAGUAAAAUCAGAUAUAAGAUAUAUAAUUACAAUCGAUAGAAUCCCCUAAAAGAAGCAGAGUCCAAGGUAAAUAGGAAGAAGUAAAGCCAUCCCACCUGUAGAUUGAUACAUUCUAAGAUGAAGAUUAUGAAAAAGAAGAUAACAGUGAUGAAGAAAUGCAAAGAAUAAACUUAUAGAAGACAUCAAAUAUAUAAAGAGCAAAUACCUCUGAACUAUACUAGUAAAUAAUGGGAGAAAUGAAAAAUGAAGAAAUCACUGUGCAAAAUAUUUAACAAUAAGAGGAGCAAGAAUUUGAAGUUUAAUCUGCAAUUAAGACUGAUGAUAGCGAGGAUGAAUUUGGAAACAAUAAUUUCAUAUUUGAUGAAGACAAGAAUUAAGGGGCUAAAAAUGAACUCAUCAACACAUAAAAGAUACCAGAAGUUCAAAAUUAAAAGAUAGAGAGAUUUUGGGUGAAAGUUGCCCAUUAAAAUUCUUAAGAUUAAUUUCUAUCAAUAGAUAGCAGUCUAAAUUGA